ACGGGUAGAGUGACGAAAGUAGGCCUAUACACGCAAACGGAUUGGGCUACGUGAAUCCAAAAUCCGGUGGGCGGGGCGACGCGUUGGCUCCGCGAGCGGCGGUGACGAACUCGAUGAUCGCAUCGCCAACCCGGCUUUUAGAUUCGAUGCGCGCGGCGGCGUCGGCUCGAACGACCCUACCCCUCCUCCUCUCCGCGUCGCCACGAAAAGCGAUCCCGUCCUUGGCACCUCCGCCGGCCCGCGCUCUGUCCCUCGCCCCCGGCCUCGGCCUUCCCUCCCCCUGCCGCCUCCCGCUACCUCGGAUCUCUUCGAUGGCCGUGGCCUCCGUCGCUGCCCCGGAGCGGCACGAUGCCGGGGAUUGGUACUCCGUCCCAGAUCUUAGCCUCCGUGACCACCGCUUCACCGUCCCCCUCGAUUACUCCGCCGCUGCCGGCUCUAGCAUCACCGUCUUCGCUCGCGAGGUCGUCGCUGUUGGGAAAGAAGAAGAACAACUGCCAUACUUAUUGUACCUACAAGGUGGACCUGGAUUUGAGAGUCCUCGGCCUACUGAGGCUAGUGGAUGGUUGAAGAGAGCAUGUGAAGAGUAUAGAGUUGUUUUGCUUGAUCAGCGAGGAACUGGUUUAUCAACUCCUUUGACAGUCUCAUCUCUUUCACAAAUCAUGUCUGCAACAAAAUUGGUUGAGUACUUGCAACAUUUUCGGGCAGAUAAUAUCAUUAAAGAUGCUGAAUUUCUUCGUAGCUGUCUUGUACCAGAUUCUGGAACCUGGACGGUGCUAGGGCAAAGCUACGGUGGCUUCUGUGCAGUUACCUAUAUGAGUUUUGCUCCAGAAGGCCUAAAGUCUGUUCUCCUAACCGGUGGGAUUCCACCAAUUGCAAAGGGUUGCACUGCAGAUGUUGUAUACAGAGCCUGUUUUGAACAAGUUGUGCAUCAAAAUGAGAAGUACUAUAAGCGGUUUCCUCAAGAUGUUAAAGUUAUUUGUGAUCUUGUAAAUUAUCUGGCCAAAGCUGAAGGUGGAGGGGUGUCUCUUCCAUCUGGAGGUAUUUUAACCCCAAGGGGAUUGCAAACUCUUGGACUUGCAGGGUUAGGUUCUGGUGGUGGUUUUGAACGUCUACAUUACAUGUUUGAAAGGGUCUGGGAUCCUGAACUAGUUCCAGGAACGGGGAAGCGGAUAAGUUACUAUUUCUUGAAGGCUUUUGAGAGCUGGAUAGACUUUGAUACAAACCCACUCUAUGCUCUUUUGCAUGAAUCAAUUUACUGCCAGGGAGCUCCAUCACAAUGGUCUGCACAUAAAAUAAGGGGUGAAUAUGAUAGCAUAUUUGAUCCAAUCAAAGCUGCAAAAGAAUGUCGUCCUGUAUUUUUUACUGGAGAGAUGAUAUUUCCAUGGAUGUUUGAUGAGAUUCAUGCUUUAGGACCUUUCACAGAAGCUGCUCAUUUGUUGGCUGAGAAGGAAGAUUGGCCACCAUUGUAUGACAUUAGUAGAUUAAACAACAACAAGGUUCCUGUUGCUGCUGCUGUUUAUUAUGAAGACAUGUAUGUCAACUUCAAACUUGCAAUGGAAACAGCUUCUGAGAUUGCUGGGAUCAGGCUGUGGGUGACAAAUGAAUAUAUGCACUCCGGACUUCGUGAUAAUGGUUAUCAAGUUUUUGAGCAGUUGAUUGGUAUGCUGCAAGGCAAGAAACCUUGGUUUUGAUUUCAGAAUGGAGCAAUGAUGGAUGAUGUGACUCCUUCGACUAGUAAUUUGCAUAUAUUUAUCAGAUGCAGUUCAUCUUAUGAUAGUCACAAAUGGUAUUAUUUUAUGCAUUAACUUCAUCUUCA